AUGGCCGUGUUGACUGGAGACGCCUCGAGGCUGCCCCAGCUUCUGAGGAGAUACUGGCCACGAAGGCCGAUAGCAUGGGAUGGGAGCCCUCCGUUUCUGGGCUGGUCCGCAACGUCUCUGGCAGCUGCCAUUCGCAAAGGAGAGCUGACUUCCAGCGCGGUCGUCAAGGCGUACAUUCAGCGAAUCAGGAAAGUUAAUGUUCACCUCAACGCUCUGGUGGCGGAGCGCUUUUCCGCCGCGCUUGCCCAGGCUGAGACCGUGGACCAGCAGAUUGAGGCUUCACAGGGCGAUCCUGCCAAGCCCUGGCCACCGUUUCUGGGCGUCCCCAUCAUUUUGAAGGAGGCUCUCGAAUACCCGGGCUUCCCCUACACCAAUGGCCUGCUAUGUCGAAAGGGUCGUGUGGGCGAGAGCUCAGGGCCUGUCGUGCGCCGGAUAGAG